AUGCCAACCACAUUGACGCUGAGCUACGUUGCUGGCAGCACCGACCCCGAACAGCAACUCGACCUAUACCUGCCAUCUCAACCAGCAUCGAGCUUGAUCAUCUUCAUUCAUGGAGGAGCCUGGCGCACAGGAUCAAGAAAAGACCACGCUGAUCUUGCAAACCACCUCUGCUCUCGUGGCAAAGUUGUAGCUGUCAUUGACUAUCGACUGUCUGUCAAGGACGAUGCUACAGGCUUGCCAAAGCACAUCCACCCGGUUCACGCAACUGACGCCAAUGCAGCACUCUGGUUCCUUCAGAGUCGCAAGGAAGUGCCACAGAAGAACUGGAUUGUAGUUGGGCACUCGAUCGGAGCAUGGCUGGCUCUAGCAGCGAUUAUCGAUGGAGAGACGAGGAAAGGUGAUGCGGAGUAUCCAAAGCCAAUGCCAGUGCCAAAUAGGGGAUGUAUUCAGACUCUCGUUCUUGUUGAUGGCAUCUACUCGGUCAGUGGGCUACUUCAAGAGUAUCCACACUACCAAGGAUUUGUCGCACAAGCAUUCUUGCCCCAGCCUGGGCCUAGCCACUACGACGUUGUUUCUUCCGAGACCUGGCCUCUAGCAUUGAAAGGCAAGAAUCUGCAUGUAUGGCACUCGAGAGAUGACGAACUGCUAUCAUUCAAGCAGAGCAUCGAUGCUCUGCUGCACCUCGAUGAGCAACUUACAAUCAAGCCAUCCUUGGAAAGUGUGACAGUGGAGAUCCCUCAAGACGGCGCCGCAAGCUUCACAACGGUUAAUGGCGAAAAGAAGCCUAUCUCUUCAGUGUAUGGCAAGAUUCGGAUCAGAAAUGCUGAUCGACUGCAUGCCGAUUUGACGACUCUCAAAGGCGCUCAUGACGAUCUAUUGCACACAGAGACAUUCUGGAACCUGAUACUCAAGCUCUAG